UGGCUGGGAGGAGUUGGAGGUUGGGGAAACGAUAGAGAAAACCAUAGAGUACUACUCCCGCCGCCAAGAGGUAGAGAGAGCGGUCUCCAUAGGCCCAAUGCCAUAGAGGCCGCUGGGCCGGAGGCGGUCGCAUAAAGGGAGUCCUGGGAGGCCGCUCCAGCUUCUGGUCGAUCAUAGAGAUGCGGCUCCUGCCGGUUCUGGGCCGAAAGCUUUGCAGGUUACAAAUCGGCUUUCCCAUUCGCCCGGUCUGUGAUUCCGCCUCCUGUCCAGCGAUGUGGACUCUGUCGUCGCCUCCACUUUACAGAUAAGAAAGCUGAGGCCCAGAGAAGCGAGGUGACUGUAUCUGUCCAAAUCCACGCGUUGUUUUAUCAGCACUUAAGAGACCGUAGCACACAAGUUGGUGGUAAUGACAGACCCCGUGUUGGACUCACAGCCAAGCAACAGCACUGGAGAGAUGGAUGGACUGUGUCCUGAGCUAUUGCUGAUCCCCCCACCGCUCUCUAACCCUGGAAUCCUGGAGCCUGUCCAGAGCCCCUGUCCUUCUGGGGACCCCACACCUUUACCUGCUAACCCAAGCUGCCUGCUGGUAGAGACCACAGCCACUGAAGAGGACACAGGGAACAUGGAGAUCAUUGUAGAAGCAGUAGCUGGAAAUCUGUCCCCAGGUGCUCCUGGAGAGACCUCAGGUGUCCUGGUAAAGGUGGUGGAGGUGUACUUCUGUGAGCACUGUGAGCAGAGCUUCGCAGAGCCCACUCUGCUGGCCCUGCACCAGUGCACUGAGACCCUUAUGCAGCCUGCGCAGGGCCUCGCUAGCCCUCCAUGUUCUGUAGAGCUGCCCCCCAGCAACCUCACUCUCCCUGGCCCUCUGCAGGGCCAGAACCAACCAGAUAGCCCCCUGCCAUGCCCUGUGUGUAGACAGGAGUUUGCCCAACCCCAGACCCUGAAGAGCCACUUCAAGACUCACCGGGGCACUCCUGACACCUUCUCCUGCCCAGAGUCUGGCUGUGUGUUCUCCGCUGAAGAUCGUAAGGGUCUACAGAACCACCUGAGGCAGACCCACAGAGCGCUUCCUGUGCCCUGUUCUUUCCGGGGCUGCCCCCUGCUCUUCGGGAGCCAGCAGGGCAUGGAGCUGCACCGGCAGGCCCAUUAUCCUUUCCACUGCAACCAUUGCAGCUUUAUGGGCUCCAACGUCAAACUCUUCCGGCAGCAUCGGCGCAGCCAUAGGGCCGGGACACAAGGAGAACCGUCAGCCGUUCCGGGUCUUCCAUCCCAGGAGCUGCUGCCAGCUCCCAAACUGUCCCAAGGAGGAGAGCCUUCAGAGGAAGCAGGUACGCCCUUGCCUAGGCAGGAAUCAGCUGACGACGAGGACAUAGAGGACGAGGAGGAGAGUGGCAACCUGAAGGACUCCCAGAGAGCCCUGGAGGAAGGCCAGGGGGCUCAGCAGUUGGAAGGGGAUGUGGCUUCUGGCACCGAGUCCCUCUUCAAGACCCACAUGUGUCCAGAAUGCAAGCGCUGCUUUAAGAAGCGGACCCAUCUGGUGGAGCACCUACAUCUCCACUUCCCCGAUCCCAGCCUCCAGUGUCCCAACUGCCAGAAGUUCUUCACCAGUAAGAGCAAGCUCAAGACCCACCUGCUGCGGGAGCUGGGCCAGAAGGCCCACCGCUGCCCACUGUGCCACUACAGUGCAGUGGAGAGGAACGCGCUCAACCGCCACAUGGCCAGCAUGCACGAGGAUAUUUCCAACUUCUACUCAGACACCUAUGCCUGUCCUGUCUGCCGUGAGGAGUUCCGCCUCAGCCAGGCCCUGAAGGAGCACCUCAAGAGUCACACGGCGGCCGCGGCCGCGGAGCCACUGUCCCUGGGCUGCUUCCAGGAGGGCUGCAGCUUUGCAGCGCCCGACCGCAAGGCCUUCGUGAGGCACCUGAAGGAGGCCCAUGGCGUGCGGGCUGUGGAGUGCCGCCAUCACUCCUGCCCCAUGCUCUUCGCCACGGCCGAAGCCAUGGAGGCCCACCACAAGAGCCACUAUGCCUUCCACUGUCCCCACUGUGACUUCGUCUGCUCCAACAAGCACCUGUUCCGCAAGCACAAGAAGCAGGGCCACCCUGGCAGUGAGGAGCUGCGCUGCACCUUCUGCCCUUUUGUCACCUUCAACCCGGUGGCCUACCAGGAUCACGUGGGCAAGAUGCAUGCUCAUGAGAAGAUCCACCAGUGCCCUGAGUGCAGCUUCGCCACUGCCCACAAGAGGGUGCUCAUCCGCCACAUGCUGCUGCACACAGGCGAGAAACCUCACAAGUGUGAGCUGUGCGACUUCACGUGCCGAGAUGUGAGCUACCUGUCCAAGCACAUGCUGACCCACUCCAACACCAAGGAUUACAUGUGCACUGACUGUGGCUAUGUCACCAAGUGGAAGCACUACCUCAGCGUGCACAUGCGGAAACACUUAGGGGACCUCAGAUACCAGUGCAAUCAGUGCUCCUAUCGCUGCCACCGGGCCGAUCAACUGAGCAGCCACAAGCUGAAGCACCAGGGCAAGUCAUUGAUGUGCGAGGUGUGUGCCUUUGUUUGCAAGCGGAAGUACGAGUUGCAGAAGCACAUGGCGUCCCAGCACCACGCCGGCAAGCCAGCCCCGCUCUACCCCUGUCGCUACUGCAGCUACCAGAGCCGCCACAAGCAGGCCCUGCUGAGCCACGAGAACUGCAAGCACACCCGCCUCCGCGAGUUCCGUUGUGCCCUCUGCGACUACCGCACCUUCAGCAACACCACCCUGUUCUUCCACAAGCGCAAGGCCCACGGCUACGUGCCCGGGGACCAGGUCUGGCAGCUCCGCUAUGCAGGCCCGGAGCCAGACGGGGCCAGGCAAUGCCUGACACCCCCUCCAGGCUCAGCGUCCUCCAGCCAGCUGUCUGCCCAGCCUGCGGGGCAGGACCAUGACCCUGGGUCCAGGGUGGACCCCGGCUUGGACCAGGCUCUGCCAGAGGCCAGUGAAGAGGACAGUGCCGGGAGACAGGAUGGCGAUGAGGGCCCCCAAGGGGAUGACCUAGUUGACAGCCCCAGUCCAGCAGAGGUCGAUGAGGGCAGCUGCACACUACACCUGGAGGCCCUGGCAGUCGAGCUGGAACCUGUGGCCGAGCCACCCCUUGAGGAGAUCACUGAAACAGCCCCUGUGGAGUUCAGAGCCCUGGGUCCCUCAGGGCCCCUGAGACUGGAAGGGCCAGAUGGAACUUUGACAGCGCUGUCCGCCUUUGAAGGUGCUGAGACUUCUGGCCUGGGUGCUGAAGAAGCGCCCGUGCCGGACAAAGCAGUCCCUGAGCCCCCCAGGAGCCCCCCUUCCUCAGAGGAACCCCCUAGCAGCUGGGCGGGAACCUUCAAGGCAACUGCACCCGCUGAGACAGCACCCCUGGCCCAGUUCCCUGAGUCAGAGUCAUUACUGAAGGCUCUAAGGAGACAGGACAAAGAACAAGCGGAGGCACUGGUGCUGGAGGGACGGGUCCAGAUGGUGGUCAUCCAAGGAGAGGGGCAGGCCUUCCGCUGCCCGCACUGCCCUUUUGUUACCCGCCGGGAGAAGGCCCUGAGCCUGCACUCCAGGACUGGGUGCCAGGGCUGCCGAGAACCCCUGCUGUGCCCUGAGUGUGGGGCUAGUUUCAAGCAACAGCGUGGCCUUAGCACCCACCUGCUGAAGAAGUGCCCUGUUCUGCUCAGAAGGAACAAGGCCUUGCCCAGAGCGGAGCCACUCAUCGCUCCGCGUCCACUGUCCCCGGGCACCCAGGCCUCAGAGGCUGCAGAAGGUGGGAAGCCCCCACCUGCACCAUCAAAAGUAGAGUUAGUGCGCCCCAAAAAUGCUCCUGAGCUUCCUAGGGAACCCGAAGAAAUAGAGGCACCUCUGGCCCCCCUCUCCGUCCCCACAGUACUUCCUCCGGGAAACGCCUCAGCCCCUGAGAAGUUCCACUUUGAGCAGGGCAAGUUCCACUGCAACUCAUGCAUGUUCCUUUGUUCUCGGCUCUCCUCCAUUACCUCGCACGUGGCCGAAGGCUGCCGGGGAGGACGCGGCGGGGGAGGAAAGCGAGGGGCCUCGCAGACCCAGCCUGUUGUGUCCCCACUGAGCAAUGGGGACUCUGGUGCCCUGAACAGUGGGGGUACAGAGUGCAGCCCUGGCGAUGGGGACUCCGCUCCGGUUCCAAAGCAGAAGGGGGCUCGCUUCUCCUGCCCCACGUGUCCCUUCAGCUGCCAGCAGGAGCGGGCCCUGAGGACUCACCAGGCCCGGGGCUGUCCCCUUGAGCAGUCUGGAGAGUUGCACUGUGGCCUCUGUUCAUUCACCACUCCCACUGCUGCCGCCCUGAAGCUGCACCAGAAGCGGAGGCACCCUGCUGUGGCCCCAGCCCGGGGCCCCCGGCCCCCUCUUCAGUGUGGAGACUGUGGCUUCGUCUGUAAGCAGAGCAGGUGCCUACAGCAGCACCGGCGGCUCAAGCACGAGGGAGUCAAGCCACACCAGUGCCCUUUCUGUGACUUUUCCACCACCAGACGGUACCGGUUGGAGGCUCACCAGUCGCGACACACAGGUGUCGGCCGCAUCCCGUGCAGCUCCUGUCCCCAGACAUUUGGUACCAACUCAAAACUGCGCUUGCACCGGCUGAGGGUACAUGACAAAACCCCCACCCACUUCUGUCCACUCUGUGACUAUAGUGGCUACCUUCGCCACGAUAUCACUCGCCACGUCAACAGCUGCCACCAGGGCACCCCAGCCUUUGCUUGUCCCCAGUGUGAGGCCCAGUUCAGCUCCGAGACAGCCCUCAAGCAGCAUGCUUUGCGUCGGCACCCUGAGCCGGCAGCCCCAGCCCCUGGCUCUCCUGCGGAGGCCACGGAGGGCCCCCUGCACUGCUCGCGCUGUGGCUUGCUGUGCCCCAGCGCUGCCAGCCUGAGAGGACACAGCUGUAAACAGCACCCCCGGCUCGAGUGCGGGGCCUGCCAGCAGGUCUUCCCCAGCCGGCCAGCACUGGAUGAGCACCGGCGGCAGCAGCAUUUCAGCCACCGCUGCCAGCUCUGUGACUUUGCGGCCCGGGAGCGUGUGGGCCUGGUGAAGCACUACGUGGAACAGCACGAGGACACGGCAGCAGCGGCAGCGGCCUCGGACGGGGGUGGGAAUGCUGGCCGGCCCCCGCUGCACUGCCCCUUUUGUGACUUUGCGUGCCGCCAUCAGCUGGUACUAGACCACCAUGUGAAAGGGCAUGGGGGCACCCGCCUCUACAAGUGUACAGACUGUGCUUACAGCACCAAGAACCGACAGAAGAUCACCUGGCACAGCCGCAUCCACACCGGGGAAAAGCCCUAUCGCUGUCACCUCUGUCCCUAUGCUUGUGCUGACCCCUCUCGCCUCAAGUACCAUAUGCGGAUCCACAAGGAGGAACGGAAGUAUCUGUGCCCUGACUGUGGUUACAAGUGCAAGUGGGUCAACCAGCUCAAGUACCACAUGACCAAGCACACAGGACUGAAGCCAUACCAGUGUCCCGAGUGUGAGUACCGCACCAACCGAGCGGACGCCCUGCGCGUGCACCAGGAGACCCGGCACCGGGAAGCGCGGGCCUUCAUGUGUGAGCAGUGCGGCAAGGCCUUCAAGACCCGCUUCCUGCUGCGCACCCACCUCCGCAAGCACAGCGAGGCCAAGCCCUACGUGUGCAACGUGUGCCACCGUGCUUUCCGUUGGGCGGCUGGCCUGCGCCAUCAUGCCCUCACGCACACGGACCGCCACCCCUUCUUCUGCCGUCUCUGCAGCUACAAGGCCAAGCAGAAGUUCCAGGUGGUCAAGCAUGUGCGCAGGCACCACCCCGACCAGGCCGACCCAAACCAAGGCGUGGGCAAGGACCCCACCACCCCCACGGUGCACCUGCAUGACGUGCAGCUGGAGGAUGCCAGCCCACCUGCGCCUUCUGCUCCCCCAACUGGACCUGAGGGCUGAGCGCCCACCCCACUUCCCAGACACAGAGAGGGUGUGGAGUAAGAUGUGCAAGAAACCAGAGCUCGCCUGAGAAGCCCAGAGCAAGGAAGGGCUGGCUUCGGGGUGUCAGGGUGGCGGGAGCCCGCCUGGGACUCUGGCUAUAGUACUUUGAAGUUGACAGCUACAUAAAGCAAGACCUGGACCACAAAUGGAUGUCAUGUUGAGGCCCCCGGUGCUUUAACCGGUGAGGUCCUAGUUUCUUCAUCACUCCACCGAACUCCCUGGCUCUAAGGUCUUGGUUGUACCCAUUCCAUCUUCUCUUCCCUUCUCACUAUGUCAAGUCCUACUUUCACUCAGCAUCCUCAAGACAGUUGUAUCCGACCGCAUGUGCUGCUGUGCUUGACGCUCUAUAAAGCAUGUUACACAGAGUGGUUAUGGCUUAUCGCCUCGUCCCGGUCCUGUUGUAACAUCUCCGGCUGUCUGCUCGAUCUGCCCUGUCCCCUGGUAGAUCUCUGCGUCUUCUUUGUCUCCUUCCGUCCUCACUGAGUGAUGGCUUCUCAGACAGGCCCGGGUCUGCCUUCUCUCUGUCCCCGAGCCCAUCUUGGCCCGUGCCCUGCUCCUUAUUUCUGGGCCAUUCUGUCUCCCUCUAGAGGGAGGACUGACGCCUACUAAGCCUCCCAGGAGGCAGCUUUAAUUCAGCAUCAGACUGAGUCAGCAGCUACACUAGAGUUAAAGCCCAAAGAUAGUGUGAAAGGCAAAUGAUUUGGGGCAAAUCUCUAAUGCGGAAUUCUGAGUGCCUCCCAGUGACUGUAUAAUUGAUCAUCUAAACUGGGACACACCGGGAAAAUGACAGAGGGUACUAUUACUAAUUAUGCUGGGACAGCAGACAGAAACCAGGACUGUUCCAGGCAAAUCUUCCGUAGGGCUGGGAUCACAUACCCCCUUGUCUGUUCCUUUUGCCCUGCCUCUUAGAAGCCAUAUUUCUGUAUCCUUCUUAUGGACAUGCAGGGGACCCCUGGAAACUUGUUUUCCCACCUUUUCCCUGCCCCACCUAUCUAUCCAAAUGACCCCCAACCCUCGAAUCUCCCCCUCUUGCCCAAAAUGACAGACCAUACAUACUCAAGCCAAGUUAGAGAGAGCAGCUCUAU